AUGUCUGCGUCGGGUCAUGUACCCAUACCCUGCUGUGCUACCCUCAAGAUCGAGUACCCUGCAAGCGGCGACAAUCCGGAUGAGAAGCAGCUGCAAGAGUGGUUGCAAGAAUUGGACUUACAACCACGAAGCAUCACGAUUCCGCCCUCCAUUUCGAAGCGAAACGGGAAGAAACAGGCUACAACAAGAGAGUCGAAAAUUGCGGCCUUCGUGGUUUUCGCCUCCAAGGCAGUUGCGGAGGCUGCUUUCAAACGCUUGAAUGAUUUGCUUUGUGACCAGCACAAAGCGAACUUGCUCCUCAGUCGUUUGAAAACGGCAUGGAUGAAGGUGAACUGGCCCGACUGCAAGCAGUGCGGACGCCGGAAAGUUCCGAUCUCAUUGGAUCCUUGCCUUCCACCCGGAGAUGUCCAGCCAGCGCCGGCUGCAUCGACGGAUGCAGUCGCAGCGAUUUUGGAGCAGCUGAGGUCGGUAGUGAGCAAGCUUCCAGAUGCAUCUUUGCAAUGUGACUGGACCGCUGAAACGCAAGCAGAGCUGCAGAGGGAGUUGGAGGAGGUCAUCAACCACUUCGAACUCGCUGGUAACAUCCGUGGCAGAUUCAAGUUUCGGUCGAUGCUGACCUGGGGAAGGAUUUUGGCCAUGCUCCAGGGAUGUGAACUGUUCCAGAGUGAACUCUCGAUGAUCAGUCGAGAACUAUCCCUGCGAUUGGGCAUCUAUGAGCCCAGAGUGCUUGUGAUUUCUCCAUCUCAGUUGCAAGGUUUUCCGAAGAUAAAAUUCGAGAUUGACGCUAUCCAGUCUUGCAUGGGGCAAAGCAACUGUCACGUUGCACACCGCUUGCACCACGCGGAGAUGCUCGUAAUGGAGUUUAACUUCGACAUGAUCCAUGUCAUAGGACAUCAAGCCGAUGAGCAGUUGCAAGUCUCCGACGACGGGGAUGUGAGCCCGGAAGUCUUUUGCAGAGUCUUCAGCUCCUUGCCGCCACGGUCCGACGUCAUGCCGAGCAUCUUCUUGAAUUUCUGCGAGUCUGAAUGCGAAGGCAAAGCAUUGUGGCAUCAGCAGCUUUUCUCAUGCAUCAUCUUCCACGAGAUGGCUGUGUACGACAAGGAUGCUGCGCAAAUUGCGCAGGAUUUCUACGGACACCUCAGGAAAAAAGGAGGGACUCAAGUGUCUUCACUGCAAGAAGCAUUUCUGCAGGUGCAGGGUGAGGGAGCAGAGGGGUUGGGGAUGCUGCCCGACCCGACGCCGGUGUCCAAGAUCCUCGACUCGCACAAGUCCGUGGGCCCAGGACGUGUGUUGUGCCGGAUGGCACUUCUCUGCAUAUGCGUUGUUGUUGUCCGGCUCCUAUGGGAUCGAGAGAGUGCUCUCGAAGGCUGCCCGAAGCAUUUGGGUUCCGGCAUCUGCUUCGAUCUGUUGCCACAAAAAGAAAGCAUUGUGGAUUUAUCUGCCGACUUUCUCUUGCAAGACUUCGGAGUUCAUGCCGUCGAUGCGAAGGCGCUCAUGACCGCAACCCAGGAGAAGUGGCUGAGACCAAAAGGGCUACAGAGGUGGGAGUGGACAGCACAGCUGGCACCGCGAGGAACGAUGGAAAGCUCCGAACAGUAUUUUCGAAAGCUUGGUUUCAUGGAUCCGAUCUUGCCUCCCAUCCGUGCCGAGCGAUACAAGCACGUUUUGAUUCUUGGCGCCACGCUUGCUGCUGUGAAAAGACGCAUCGAAUUUCUGGGGGACCUCAGUUUGGGCAACUGGUCGUUCGAGAGUGUCGUCAUGAUGGGAAGCACGCGAGCAUUGAAUCACGACAGCGAAACUGUCGAAGGCUUUCAGUCUGUUUGUGGUGACUCCAAGAAGUGCCGGCGCAACAUUUCGCAGCCCUCUUACAUGCUCAAUUGCACCGACGAGGCAUGCAUGAUGCAGCUGCUCUGGGAGAACAUGAAUCUGACGCCGGCUCUGCGUGACCUACCUUGCACCUUCGUUAGGGGACGCCCAAUCGGUGAAACGAAAAGAGCCCCUGCAUUAAAGGACACGGUUCUGACAUGGUUGGAGACAGAACCCUUCAGGGGCAGCAUCUUGGCGAUUUCCACUCAGCCGCAUGUACAAACGCAGCACUACAACUUGAUGCUGCAGCUACAGGGCUGGGACUUGACAACCGUCGGUCCUGGGACAAGUAGCGCGUUUUGGAACAAGUCUUCCAGCCAAUUCUAUGAUGCUGCAGCGCGGCUGAUUUUUGCGCUAAGCCGAUUUCUGGCAAAAUGA